CCAAACAAAUCGCAAAAUUAUACUGCUGAAGUCUUCUUCAAGUUAAGGCGAGAAUAUGACGACCAGUGGCUUCGUCUCCCCCUUCCUUUGCUUGGCCGACUUUCUUCGCUCCAGCCCCAUUUAUUAUUUCUCUUCUCAUGCCUCGCAUUUCUUCCGUUCUUCCCUUCGAAUUCGCCAUUUUGCUAGAUUUCCAAAUUUUACAUCUCCUCAUUUCGAUCUCCCAAGAUUGAAUUAAAACCGCCCUUAUGAUCCCGACCUCCGCGCUGCUACUCCUCUCCUCACCACACCACGCGUGUCUUUGCAAUCCCUAACCGUCUCUCUCUCUCUCUCUCUCUCUCUCUCUCUCUCUCUCUCUCUCUCUCUCUCUAUCUUGUCUUCCCUCUCCCUGAAUGCAUCCCUUCUGCUGCGCCUCCCCCGUUCCCGUCUCUCCCGUCGCCGGUGCUUCGUCAACCUUACAACUGCCGCCGAUGCCCCCUCCUCCGCCGCCGUCGCCGCCGCCGCCUCCUCCAACCCGAUCCGACCAAACUCAACUGCUCCUCCACUUCCCCUACAGUCGCAGCACUCGCUCCGCCCCAACGACCUCCCCUCCCCACUCCGCCAACGCGGCCUCCGCUGCCUGUGGUAACGGUUUCCGAUGGCCGAGCGUUGCUAAUCUCUCCGCUGACUUCUCUUCUACCCGCAUCUCUUUCCACGAUGCUGCUGAACUCCGCCUCAACGACGUCGUUGGCAACGGCAUCGCAGGCAUCCUCCACAAGUGGGUCAACUACGGCCGUGGUUGGCGUCCCCGAUGGUUCAUCCUCCAGGACGGGGUCCUCUCCUAUUACAAGAUCCAUGGCCCCGACCGCAUCAAGUUUCAUGAGGAGGCCGAUAAGGGCUCCAAGCUAAUAGGCGAGGAUUCGCUUCGCCGCGUCAGAAGUCAUCGCCGUAAUGGAUCGAACUCCCUCAACGCCUUCCAACGCAGACCGAUUGGGGAAGUCCACCUUAAGGUCGCGACAGUGAGGGAGAGCAGAUCGGACGACAGAAGGUUCUCGAUAUUUACAGGAACGAAGAGGCUACACCUUAGAGCAGAGACCAGGGAGGAUCGGGCGGCGUGGAUGGAGGCUCUGCAGGCGGUGAAAGAAAUGUUCCCUAGGAUCUCCAAUAGCGAGCUUAUGGCGCCCGUGGACAACUUCGUUGUAUCGACGGAGAGGCUGAGGCAGAGGUUGCAGGAGGAGGGGGUGAGUGAGGCGGCAAUCCAGGAUAGCGAGCAGAUCAUGAGGACUGAGUUCGUGGCGCUGCAGGGGCAGCUUGCUAUUCUCAAGCAGAAGCAGUUGCUUCUUACUGAUACCCUUAGGCAGCUAGAGACAGAAAAGGUUGAUUUGGAGAAUACCCUUGUCACAGAAAGUCAAAUACAAUCAAAAGAACAUGCUUCUGCUUCAGCAUCAAGGAAUGAUAAGGGUAGUGAAGCAAGUGUAUCUGAAUCUGAAGAUGAUAAUGAAAGGCAAGAUGCUGCAGAAGAAGAGACUGAGGAUGAGGAUAAUACCUUUUUUGACACACAAGAUUUCCUCUCAUCAAGUUCUUUUAAGAGCAGUGGGUCUGACUUCCUUAGAUCUGAAAUUGAUUCUUCUGAUGAAGAAGAACAUUUUGGUAUUGCUGCAAUCGAUGGUCAUGAUCCCUCUGCGAGUUCUAUAGGAUCUAGUUAUCCAUUUGUUAGGAGACGAAGAAAGCUGCCUGAUCCAGUUGAGAAAGAGAAAGGUGUCAGCCUUUGGUCGAUGAUUAAAGACAACAUAGGGAAGGAUCUAACUAAAGUUUGCCUUCCUGUCUACUUCAAUGAGCCCCUCUCAUCAUUGCAGAAAUGUUUUGAGGAUCUUGAAUAUUCCUAUCUACUUGACCAGGCUUAUGAAUGGGGUAAAAAGGGCAAUGGUCUUAUGCGGAUCCUUAAUGUUGCUGCCUUUGCUCUUUCUGGAUAUGCAUCUACUGAAGGAAGAAUCUGCAAGCCUUUUAAUCCGCUUUUGGGGGAAACGUAUGAGGCUAGCUACCCGGACAAAGGUGUCCGGUUUUUCUCUGAAAAGGUUAGUCAUCACCCUAUGAUUGUUGCUUGCCAUUGUGAGGGAACUGGGUGGAAGUUCUGGGGAGACAGUAACCUAAAGAGCAAGUUUUGGGGUCGUUCAAUUCAGCUUGAUCCUGUUGGCGUUUUGACUCUUGAAUUUGAUGAUGGUGAAGUUUUCCAGUGGAGCAAGGUAACAACCUCCAUCUAUAACUUGAUUCUCGGAAAGUUAUAUUGUGAUCAUUAUGGUACAAUGCGGAUACAUGGAAAUAGUGAUUACUCGUGUAAAUUGAAGUUCAAAGAGCAAUCAAUAAUUGAUCGCAAUCCUCACCAGGUGCAUGGCAUAGUUCAGAAUCGGAACGGUAAAACAAUGGCAACAUUGUUUGGCAAGUGGGAUGAAAGCAUACACUACGUGAAUGGUGAUCCCAGUGCCAAGGGAAAAGGCGCUGAAACCCGAUCUCAGCCUUAUCUUUUAUGGAAACGCAGUAAACCACCAAAGAAUCCAACCCGAUACAACCUUACGCGCUUUGCAAUUACACUGAAUGAACUCACUCCUGGUUUGAAGGAACUGCUACCGCCCACUGAUUCAAGGCUAAGGCCCGAUCAAAGAUGCUUAGAAAAUGGAGAGUUUGAUAUGGCAAAUUCAGAGAAGUUGAGAUUGGAGCAGAGACAACGCCAGGCCCGAAGAAUGCAGGAGAGCGGUUGGAAGCCCCGGUGGUUUGCAAAGGAUCAAGGUAGCGAUACCUACCGCUACAUUGGCGGCUACUGGGAGGCGAGGGAGAAGGGUCAGUGGGAUGAGUGUCCCGACAUAUUCGGCCAAAUCCCCAGUGAUCAGCUUGCUGAUUGACCUGAAUUUCUAUACGAGGCUAAGCUAAGCUAAGCUCUUUGAGGUCUCCUAUUCUUUGAACCCCUUUGUAUUUUCUCUUAUUGCUCUCCCUGGGAUCUCGGCAUUCCAGUUUCGAUGCUCGCUAUUUUCGAGCAACAGGAGAGGCGAUAUCUGUUAACAUUGAUUUCUUACAUAAAUAAAAUGAAGUUUUUUACUUGGCUUU